AUGACCGGUAGAAGCUUAAGAGUUCGCAUAAGAGAAUAUUUUGGAAAUCCGGGAUGCCGUCCAGACGUAAAUCACAAAGCUCCCAUAUGUGCCGGGGGGAUCUUUUUGCAUCACGGGGAUGCCGACUCCAAGAGUGAGCAAAAAGAAGAGGUGAAUACCGUGAGCUCCGAUAGCGACCAAAGCAGUUUUGACAAUGUUGAGCUUGGGCUCAGCAACGGAAAAGUUUGGACAAAGCUGAAUUAUACCGGUCUGAAAAAAGACUCUUUCGACAAAGGGCUAGAUCGAUUGGUUGAUUUUGCUGGGUCGCAGUUGGUAUUUUUUUUCAUGUGGAUUAUCCUCAUCGUUUGGAUCAUUGUAGGGAUUAUUUACAAAGCGCCUGAUAACUGGCAAAUCGUCAUGCAGGACGGACAGUCGAUCCAAUCUUACUUCUGGGAUACGCUUUUGAUGAGACAGCAAUUAAAUAGUAGCCACGAGCACGUCUGGAUCUGUGCCAAUAUUAGGUCCCGUCUGAAAACUAUCAAGAGGUUUUGCACGACUGAGGAUCGAAAGGGAAACAAGUCAACUGCUUGUCAAGUAAAGCGCAGCGACAUUUCUGCAGCACUUCCUGUUGAAAGCUGGUACGACAGAGUGUGUUCGAAGGCUGGCGAAAUUAUCGGGUCUUUGCCCGUCAUGAUCGUAUUUUGGCUCGGCAUUUUCACUUGGGUUGGCUGCGGGGCUGUGCCAACCGCAACAGGAAACAAACCACCAUACAGCGCAAGCAAUCCUAAGAUGGCGAAAUUUAGUGAUGAGUGGCAACUCUACGUGAACACCUCGACUGCCGUUAUCAUCUUAGUGUGCUGCGUGUUCCUACAGAAUACUAGAGCCAGACACGAUAGAUUCAUUGCGAAAUUCAUCUUGGAAAUUUCAAGAAUGGACCAAGCAAUUGAGAGGCAUUUGAGAACCUAUUUUUGCGACUUUGAAACAGAUAAUCCCAAUGUCUGCAUACCAACUCACAAACGGAAUAAUCUAACGAAAUGCAUUGACUGGUAUGCCGAUGUCAUCGGUACGGGUAUCGGUGUCUGUAUUGCGGUUGGCGUCAUCGCUGUCUGGAUAGCCAUCGGGAAGCCCAUGUCCUGGAAUGGCAACUGGUGGCUCAUUAUCGGUACUUACACAGGCUUAGUCGGCUUUCUGGACGGUUUUGUUCUGAGACAGGUCUAUUUUAAGAUUGUCGUUCACGAAGAGAGCAAUUAUGCGACAGUGGCAGAGGAAGAUUACGGGCUUUUCCAAAUUUUGGGAAUUGAGCUCCCCGAUGAUUGCAUAGCAAACAUUGAUUCUUUUGCUCCUCUCAAAUCUAUCACAUAUCGCAUCUCUUGCAAGAUAAACUCGAUCUGCUCAUCUGAAUGGAGUGUCUUGGUGUCCGUUGUCAUGAUUAUAUCUCUUAUAGUGAUUGCAUCCUGUCUUCACUGGAGCGAAACGGGUCAACUGAUCUGCAACACACCUACUAUGAUUAUUGAAGCUUUUUUUCUUAUUGUUCUACUGCAGGCCCAUAAUUGGGCGGACAAAAAGCGGCGGUUACAAGUCUCGGCGCUCUAUGCCCGCAGAGUUGCUUUACUAUCAUAUGUGGAGGAGUCCUAUUCAUUAUCCCGCUGA